AUGCCGGAAAAUGUUCAUUGGAAAACGGAUGAUAAUAGCAUAACAUUAUGGUGGGAUCCACCAUUAACAGCUGAUGAAAUUUUGGUUCGUGGUUAUACAAUAUCGUAUGGUAUCGGAGCACCAAAUCAACGUGUAAUCAUUGAAGGAGCUAAUACCAAUUCUUUCACAAUUAAUAAACUUAAAUCAAACACAACAUAUGUUUUUGCGUUAACAGCAUACAAUGAAGCGGAUGGUGAAGAUUCGGAAAAAGUUCUUUUCACUGCUACCACUGAAGUUGGAAAGAAUUCAGAUGAACAAUUAAUCGAUUUGCAAGCACCAACAAAUAUUCAAGCAAAAUCUAUUUCACCAACUGAAAUUGCAAUACAAUGGACUGAUCCAAAUGUUCAUAUUUAUUACAAUCAUCCGUCUGAAAUAAUUAAAUCAUUAUUUCGAAAACGAAAAUAUGUAAUACAAUACGGUGAAUAUCAAUCGUUGAAUUUAGAAAAAGUAACAUCAACAGUAUCAUAUGUGCUUCUUAACAAUUUGCAACCAGCAACAGACUACGUAAUUAUCAUUAAAGUAAUUUUACCAAAUGGGAUCGAAUCAGCAUGGACUAUUAGAGAAGUUAUUCGAACACCAUCAAAUGUGACAUUAAUGAAUGGAUCAGAGCUGUUUGAACUUCGAUUCGGUUUUGAGCAAUCGGAAAAAUGUUUUUUCUAUUCCGAUCCAACAGCUCCACUCCAAUGGAAAAUGAUUGAAGGGAAAAGUAACCGUGCACUAAAAAAUCGAUUGGGAAUAAUCACAGUUGGAUUAUUACGCAAAGCAGAGAAUUACAAUGCUGGCAACAGUUUACUGAUAGGAAAAUUAGAAGAAGUGCCAAAAGAGCAAUGGAACCACUUGCUCAUGGAUUUUAUCAAUUCAUAUGAUCUAUUUAAG